AUGAAAAAAAAUUUUCCAUUUCAUAUAGUAACAAAUAGUCCAUGACCAAUUAUUUUAUCAUUUAGAUUAUUCAAUAUAUUUACAAGAACUGCAAUUUGAAUUUAUUUAUCAAAUAAUUUAUUUAUAAUAUUUAAUUUAAUUAAUACAACAUUAAUUAUAAUUAUAUGAUUUCGAGAUAUUAUUCGAGAAAGAACAUAUCAAGGAUCUCAUACACUUUAUGUUACAAAUUUUUUAAAAUUUAGAAUAAUUUUAUUUAUUUUAUCAGAAUUAAUAUUUUUUAUUUCAUUUUUUUGAACAUUUUUUCAUUCAUCAAUCUCUCCAAAUAUUGAAAUAGAUAUAAUAUGACCACCAAAAAAUAUUAAAUUCUUUAAUCCAUUCGAAAUCCCAUUAUUAAAUUCUUUUAUUUUAGUAACUUCAGGAUUUACAGUAACUUUAAGACAUUAUUAUUUAUUAAUAAAUAAUUUAAAAUUAAGAAAAUUUUAUUUAAUAUUUACUGUUUCAUUAGGAAUCUAUUUUACAUUUCUUCAAUCAAUUGAAUAUAUUAAUUCACAUUUUUGUUUUAAUGAUAGAAUUUAUGGAUCAAUUUUUUUUAUAGCCACUGGAUUUCAUGGAUUACAUGUACUAAUUGGAUCAAUCUUAUUACUAAUUUCAUUUUAUCGAAUAAAAAAUAUUCAUUUUUCUAAUAUACAUAAUAUUAAUUUUGAAUUAGCAAUUUGAUAUUGACAUUUCGUUGAUGUAAUUUGACUAUUUCUUUAUACAUUUAUUUAUUUAUUAAUUUAA